AUGAUGAUGUAUCAUCCCAUCAGCCGUCGAGAGAAGAUCCGAUACAUUGAGCCAUCGGCGCACUCGCCGCCAGUUAUUCCUGCAACAACACCCGAUCUUCGCGACACAGUGAUAGGAAAAGUAUUUGAGCCCGAAGUAUCUUGUUCCAUGAUGUUGUACAAUUGGCUGACAGCGCUCGCCUAGGCCGUCUUCGCCCCAUCCGAGUUCCAUAGCCUUCAAAGUGACGUCAAAAAGGGUCUGUGCCUGAAUCUGACGGUUGAUCUUUAACAGAAUUGGCGCUAUGUGCCGCCGAUGGACGGUUGGCCUGUGUUAACCUGCAUAACCUCACCAAAGCAGUAAAUCGGAAGAUGGAGCUAUACUCGUCUCGGCGUAUUUCGUGGCCAAGACUCAAAGCUUGGGUAGACAUUUUAAGAACAUGAGGAUGGGGGCCGGGUUGAUGAUGUAGGUGGUGACCUCAAGCAGGACAGCUGUACGCUCACAUCAGAACAAUAUAUGAAUAUAAAUGCGAUGCCAUUUGUAUCUCGAAAAUUGAACUUCUUCUCAUCUCAAAACAUUCAUAUAUACACAAACCUACAGUUCUACCACUGCAUCCAGUCUCCUCUCAACACUAAACCAUCACAUACUUGAGCAACUACCCAUCAGUUCACCCAUCCUCCAUCAUGGCCGCAAACGACUACUACAACGUCCACCCGCUAAACUCCACAACCCACCUCUCCGUCCCACAACCCUCUCAACCCCCAACCAACCAAUCAGCAUCCUCCCUCACCUCCCUCUCAAGCGGCGCAACUUCCUCCCAAACAAACCUCUCCCGCCCAACCUCAUCAUCAUCAGCCAGUCCCGCUCUCGGCCUGCAGGACGGAGAAGAUGGAUCCCGCGGCCUCUUCUCCUCCUCCUCCUCUUCAUCCAC